AUGCUCAUUGUUUGCCAUGGCAUAUACGUGGCCUCUCAUCGUCGCACGCUAUGGUUUGUGGGUGGGUACGGUAUUGGACUGGGCAGUGCCUGGGGAAUAAUCAUGUCGGCAGCUCUUCUUGUCUUCAACGACGUCGAACGUGAUUUUUUAAGACUGGAGAUGAGACCCGCCAACAUCAAGAACGACGGACAACAUCAAAAUGGGGUUGUGACGAAAUCUCUGGCGUCAGGCAUCCCUUCGGAUACUGACCUAACUCAACGCAAGAUCCCCAGCGUGUAUACCGCGACAGACACCAAACAGAUCUCUGGCCCUAAAUCUAAUGGUCCUGCUACCCAACCCCACAAACUGGUUUGGCAAGGGUUUCCAUAUGACUCGGCGUGGCUGCAUGUAAUCGAUUGGGCGGCAGACCUGACGACUGGAUUUCGAGGGCUACCUCUUGUUGGACCUACUCAAGACUACAAUGACUACGGAUCCUUAUUUUCUAGGAUUGAGACCACUGGAAUCACCAACUCCAUGGCUUUGGCUUGCAAAGCUCAACCAUACAAUUCCAAUAGCAACUCGCCUCGUUCGACUCUUUAUGUCAAUGACGGGAGUCAUCACAGCUCUAACUUUCAUUUUCAGCCUGAGUCCAUUAUUUUUCACCUUGGUCCUCCCUUUUCUCGUGGAUAUCUCGAAAGUCACCCGGUCACCACUGCUCGAGCCUUGGAUGUAUCCAUCUUGUUGGUACCCACUGACAACAUCGGUGCUGUACUCUGGGUUGGCAGGUCUCUGGGGAAAGUUUUGGCAUCAAAUGUUUCGAUACGGAAUUUCCGAACCAUCGAGGUUCUUGAUCCAGAGAUUCGACCUGGACCGUUCGGGGACAGCUGCCCGAAUCAUUCAACUUCUAAUCGCAUUUAG